CUGGAAUACUGGAAGUAGAUUGGAAAUCAUAACAAAAAUUUGUCAAAUCAUUGAAAUUUCACAAAAAAAUAUUAAAAAUCAAGUUUGCAGCAUAAAUACAUAAGUUACUGUUCAAAAUAAUGUCUAAUAAUGGAAUCAACUUUACGCCAUUAUGGAAUAAUGGUCCAGUACCAGGAAAUUUCUACAAUUUUCCUCAAAAUCAAGUGAAAUCUAAUUCUAUUGAUGAUUUCGGUGUUCAAAGAAAUAGUGGACCAAUAACAACCGGAACUUCGAUUGUUGCUGUAAGGUACGAUAAAGGUGUAAUAAUUGCCGGAGAUAAGCUUGUUUCGUAUGGAAAUCUAGCCCGAUAUCAUAAUGUCGAUCGUGUAUUUAAAAUUAAUGAGUAUAUAACUCUAGGAAUGAGUGGAGAUUAUGCUGAUUUUCAAUUUAUCAAACAAUACAUCGAUGAGAAUAUUCUCGCUGACUUCUCAAUGGAUGAUAAAAUUACAUUAAAGCCAAAAGAUCUUUUUACAUGGCUCACAAGAAUCCUUUACAAUCGACGAUCUCGUUUUAAUCCAUUGUGGCUUGAUAUGGUCGUUGGUGGCAUGCAGACUGAAUCGGAACCAUUCUUAGGACAUAUUAAUGUUAGAGGACGUGCUUAUACAAAUGAUGUCAUUUCAACAGGAUAUGGAACGCAUUUGGCACUUCCAUUAUUGAGAGAAUAUUCUGAAAAAGGUCCAUUAGAUGAAGCUAAAGCACUGGAACUUGUCAAGACAUGUAUGGAAGUCUUGUAUUAUCGUGAUUGUCGUGGAUAUCCAAAAUAUUCUCAAGCAAACAUCAAUGAUAAAGGAUGUACUGUUACUGAUCAACUUGUGAAAGAAAAUUGGGAUUUGGCAUUGAGUAUUAAGGGAUAUUAAGGAAAUAAAAACAAGCAACUUGUGUAUUUUUUGUGAAAAAUCCAUCAAUUUGAAGCUUUUCUGAUUUAAUAAAAAUCCAUAAAUUUUUUUUAUU